UAUCUCGCACAGUUUCAGAAUGACGACGUAUUCAAUACGAUUGGAUGACGUGGAUCUAGCGCUGUUGCCCCUGCGCACACAUAACAACGACUUCUUGAAGAAGGAGCACUUCCAGUUUCAAGUCGUCAAGGAGUGCGCAGAAAUGCCAGAACUAUCAGACGUUACCUACACAUGCCACAUAUGCGCCAUCAACGUGCCAGCAGCGUUCGCUCGCGAGCAUAACACGAGCACCAAGCAUCAAACGAACGCGCGCAUCGCUCGCGUGGCCACACUGCGCACGCACGCGCUCAUCUCCGCGCUCCCCCCUCCCAUCGUUGCGCAAACUGGACGCUUCUGCGCAAACUGCGCGACAAUUGUUGAUGAAGACCAUGACAAGACAAAAGACCAUCGAGUCGCUGUGAUGCAUGAUAAUCUGCUCUGUGAGCUGAUGAAAGCAUACGUUGGUGAUGAUGAUGAAACAAAAUAUCAAAAUGCUGAUGACAAGGUUGAUAAAAUACAAUUUAGUGGUAAGAAAGAUGAAAAAGACUUUAAAAUUGUUGAAGAGAACAAUAAUAUUGAUGACGCCACGAUAACUCAAACGAUGAAACCCCGAUCAGAAGAUAUCACAGAUAAUGUAGUAACAAAAGUCAUGCAACCCAUUGCCAAUUGUGCAACCAAUGAUACGACCUCAGAAAAUAAAGAUGAUACCCCUAAAAAUAAUAUGAGUACUAACAAAAAUGAAAAAAAUCCACCUGCAAAUUCAGUUUUGCCUACAUCAAGCUGGGUUAAAACACUUCCUCAAACUAAAGAUUUGACAGAAAAUGGAACGGGUCAAAAUAAUCCUGGUACCACAAACAGAAAAGAAACUAUAGAACAGAAAACAAAAUCAGCAAGGGAGCCCUACGAAAAAGAGCUGCGCAAAUUUAUGGACCCUAAAAAUCUAUUCCAAAUUAAAGAAUCGUAUUCCAGAAUACAUAUAAAGAUAAAUGACGACACUGUGAAUGUUUAUAGUGAUCAUUUCCACAGUUUUCAUAGAAUGUACAGGAACGGUGACAUAGAAUGCAUAGUUUGCGAUAGCACUUUCAAUGAAAAAGAUUCAGAAGCACACAAAUACAGUUUGGAUCACAUUAGUGGUGUCGUUAAUAUUGGGAAUGAUGGAGAAUACGUGAGACAGAUAAACGAAGCAUACAGCCACUGCAUACUGUGCAACCAGAAAAUCAACAACAUUAACGUAACAAAACACAAGCAAUCACAGCACCACAAUUUACGAAAAUCCAACAAUGUUAGAAGCAACGCCAAACCGAAAGAAGCAGCUACAACUGUAAGAAACAACGAAAAUACAAGCAAAGCGACCACGACUGAAAGAAACAACGAAAACACAAGCAAAGCGACCACUGAAAGAAACAACGAAAACACAAGCAAAGCGACCACGACUGAAAGAAACAACGAAAAUACAAGCAAAGCGACCACGACUGAAAGAAACGAUAAAAAUAAUGAAACGGCUGAUGUAAAUAAGCCUUAUGAAGAAAUGAAAGGAGAACUGCGGUGUCUGGUUUGCGAAUGCAGAGUACCAAGGGAUGUACGCAAUAGAGAAGACCAUCUAAAGGGAUUUAGACACUUGAAUAACCUGAAGUUGAAGUCUCUGCUGUAA